AUGUCCCAAGAAGCAUAUAAGAAAGUAGGGCGAGGCGGCGCGGGGAAUUUCUACAGCAAACAGGAUGUAGAGAGGAGUAAUGGUACUUCUGAUCUUGAAGCCCAAUCCUCCUCCUCUUCCAUCAAUCAAAACAAAGCUUCCUCCUUACUCUCACAAGCAUUGCGCUCCAAAGGCGCCGCUGGGCCACCGCCAGAAUACCAACACACCGGUCGCGGCGGCGCAGGCAAUUUCACCUCUCCCGCUUCACUCGUGAAUUCAGGUCUCACGCAAACAUUGACGAAUUAUGAUAACCCGACGAUUAAUCCCGCGCCCCCAUCGAGCUCGCCAAGAAAUGUGAGGAGUAGUAUGCAGAGUGUUGUUUACAAGGGUGGGCGAGGAGGCGCUGGAAACUACGACUGGGAAAGCGACGAAGCAUCCAGAGAAACGCAACGCAUCUCGGAAGAAAACUCGCGCAAGGAAAUUGAAAAGAAAGUGGUGGGUGAUAUUGAUGGGGAUGGAGAACAGGGGCUGAAGAAGCCUGGGAAGGCAUAUGAUAUCAAUGCGGGAAAAGAGAUGGAGGGUUCGAAGGGAGGGGCUUUGGGUGGUGUUUUGGAGUAA